ACAAGGAGAAGCAUACAUGAGGAGAAUGGGAAGUGUGAAAUCAUUUUGAUUUGAACGUGUCCAUAAUGAAAUGAGAUUGUAGUCUCUUGAGAUCAUAAAUUUGGAUUUAAGCAAAUCCAAAUGGGCUAGUACGGGGAAGUGAUCUUCAUUUGAAGUCCAUAGUUUUGGCUCAAGUUCUUUGUUAGCUGGUUUUAAGAGAGUGCAUAGCUUAGCUUCUCAUCAAGUUAUAAACACACCCUCCAUUACAAAUACCCAGGAAGAGCGGCUUAGGCUUCGGAGGCAGACCCCUCUUCAGGAGGCAUAUGAUGGCUCCCAACCAAGUGGUGAUGCUGUCAGCUACUCUUGUACUCAAUAUCGAACUACUUCAAAACUUAAGUUGUUCCACUGUAGCAUUAUCAAAUCUUAAGGUUUUCACCAGUGGAUCUGGUUUGGUUUCCCGAGAGGCUUCUCUUUAGGUACAAAGCUGUUUCAGUUUUGACCAGUAUAUGUGAUCAUUUCAGUUCAAAUAAUCAAUUCAAUCUCGCGCCUUGAAGUUUCUCGCUAGAUUUUUGUUCCUGGGAGAAAUCGAAGAAAAGCAUGGAUGAGAAGUUUGAGAUGGAUGAUGUCAUGUUGCCGGGGUUUAGAUUUCAUCCCACAGAUGAGGAGCUUGUUGGGUUCUACCUGAAGAGGAAGAUUCAGCAGCGACCUCUGCCCAUUGAGCUGAUUAAGCAAGCUGAUAUCUACAAAUAUGAUCCUUGGGACCUUCCAAAGCUGGCAUGUACAGGGGAGAAAGAGUGGUACUUUUACUGCCCAAGGGACCGUAAAUACAAGAAUAGUGCACGGCCAAACCGGGUCACAGGAGCUGGUUUUUGGAAGGCCACUGGAACGGAUAGGCCAAUAUACUCCUCUGAUGGCAGCAAGUGCAUUGGGCUGAAGAAAUCCCUAGUGUUCUACAGGGGCAGAGCUUCCAGAGGAAUCAAAACUGAUUGGAUGAUGCACGAAUUCCGACUACCUUCUAUACCAGAGACAGCAUCAACAAAGAAGAUUAUUGAUAAAAACCUUCCACCGAAUGAUUCAUGGGCAAUUUGUAGGAUCUUCAAGAAAACUAACUCCAUGGCACAAAGAAACCUUUCUCAUUCUUGGUUAUCUCCAUUAGUUGAAUCUCCAGGCUUAGAAAUAUUCACCCAAGCUGCACAUUCUAUUGGUUUCAGUCCUGAGACGAUCUCCUGUGCAACAGAAACUGGAUCAACUAUCCAGCUAUGCAACAACAAUGACAUGCAUCAGGUCUCUACUGCUAAUUUCUCUUCUCUAGAUUUCCUCUCAUACAAAACCAUGAAUCCAACAGUAGGAAAAUCAUCUCCUUUUCCUAUUCCAAGUGGAGAUAUUCCAUCAGGCUUUAUGUUUUCUCCUUUUGAAAUGUCCGGAGCCUCUCUCAAGAAUUCAGUUGAUGUUGCUUCCAUGCUGUUGAAUCUGUCCCCUGCCGUAACUGGGGAUAUUAGAAACACAUCUGGUGGUACUGACUUUGAAGGGCCAGAACAACAGCUCAACAGCUUUUCCAUCAGUUCACCACAGUGUAUGCAAGGAAGCUUAGGCUCUGGAGAGGAUGACAUGGGCAUGAAGAAAAAUCCAAGUGCAAUCCAUCAUAAUAAUCAAGGUGGAAGCAUUCGAUCAAUUGGAUUUCCUUCCAGUUUGCCCUCAAAUCUUACUGAUGCAUGGAAGCCCAACUUACCAUGGGAUUCACCCCCCUAUCCUAGUGAGAUGUCUACUACUUAUUCCACCAAAACAUGUGAUGCUUGAUUGAAUGCCAAGACAGGGUAAGUAGUCUACAUCUCACUGUGGAUUGAGUAUAGUGGCUCAUGCCAGAAACAUAUUUUCCUUGCAGUCUUACUGUACAGGUUUUCUAUAUUUUAAGCAACAAACACUUCGGUUAAAGUUUUUGCCGCAUCUCUUCUGUACUUGGUUCUUCUUGUAUUUCUUCAUUGGUAUUGCUUUUCUGAUGUGCGAGCAAGCAAAACAGAGGUGCAGGUUUUCUGAGCACUUGCAUCUAAUAGUAUUUUAAAAUCAAUAAAAUAAGGUACAAGCUACUUGCA